AUGUCAGCCGACCAGCACCUCCCUCAAGACAAGACCUACCCGCCCCUCUCCCCCCGCCCAGGCAACGGACGCCCAGCUCCACACAUUAGCGGUGAUAUCGAAGCCUAUCGCGAAGAGUGGGGCAAGUCGGUAGGCCCGGACAGUGAUGGAUGGUGGAGGGAGAAGGCGUUGUCGAGCUUGACUUGGUAUGAGCCUUUUGGGAGCGUGCGGGGGGGAGGGUUUGAGAAUGGGGAUGUACAUUGGUUUGCAGAUGGGAUCCUCAACGCCUGUUACAACGCUCUAGACAGACACUACCACACCGACCCUCUCAAAGCUGCCAUCAUCUACGAAGCCGACGAGCCGUCCGACUCUCGCGAAAUCACAUUCGCCGAGCUCUUCUCCAAAGUCAACAGACUCGCCAACGUACUCAAAUUUAUGCCGAUGACUUGGCAGAUUGUAGCUGCGUUCUUGGCUUGUGCGAGGAUUGGAGCAGUACAUUGUGCGGUAUUUGCUGGCUUUAGCGCUGAGAGUCUCGGCGACCGUAUCAAUGACAGUCAUAGCAGGAUCAUCCUCACUGCAGAUGAAGGCAUACGAGGAGGCAAGACUAUUCCUCUGAAUGAAAUUGUGGAUGCUGCGCUGCCGAGAUGUCCCGCCGUGAAACACGUCCUGGUUUACCAGCGUACAGGCGCUUCAGUAUCGAUGACUGAAGGCAGGGAUCGAUGGUGGCAUGAUGAGCUCGAGGCUGCUGCUGGCUUCUGUCCUUGUGAGAGGAUGAACAGCGAAGACCCGUUGUUUAUGAUCUACGCAAGCGUACCGAAAGGCGUCGUCCACUCCACCGCAGGCUACCUACUCUGUGCCUACCUCGCCGUCAAAUACACAUUCGACGUCCACCCAGGCGACCGCUACGGGUGCUUCGCCGACGUCGGCUGGGUCUUGGGACAUACCCAUAUCGUCUACGGCCCCCUCCUCCUCAGAGUCACCACCACCGUAUUCAAAUCCAUCCCCACCUACCCUACGCCGAGCCGGUUCUGGGAUAUAGUUGACAAGUGGAAGAUUACGCAGAUCUAUACUGCUCCCACUGCGAUCCGGCUUUUGCGCUCGAAAGGGGACGAGUAUGUGGUCAAGCACGAUUUGAGUUCUUUGCGGGUACUGGGUACUGCGGGCGAGCCGAUCAAUCCUGAAGCUUGGCUUUGGUACUACAACACCGUGGGCAGGGGUAGAUGUGCGGUGGUGGAUACUUAUUGGAUGACUGAAACGGGCUCUGCCGUCAUCUCGCCUCUUCCUGGGGCAGUACCCACCAAAGCCGGUUCUGCCACCUUUCCCUUUUUCGGGCAUGAGCUCGAGAUACUGGAAGCCAAAACUGGCAAGGUGCUCCAGGGGAACGAGGUUGAAGGGGUGUUGGUCAGCAAGCGACACUGGCCUUCUUUGGCAAGGACUAUCUAUGGCGAUCAUAAGCGGUAUCUCGAUACGUAUAUGAGGCCUUACCCGGGAUACUUUUUCUUUGGGGAUGGAGCGUAUAGGGAUAAGGAUGGGUAUCUCUGGAUCCGAGGACGUGUGGAUGAUGUUAUCAAUGUGUCGGGCCACCGCAUGUCUACUGCCGAAGUCGAAUCCGCCCUCCUCGCCCACCCCUCCGUCGCCGAAACAGCCGUAGUCGGCAUCCCCGAUCCCUUCACAGGCCAAUCCGUCCACGCAUUCGUCACCCUCAAACCUCAAUCCGCCCCUUCCGCUCAGACCCAAACCCAGCCCGACGCACUCGCGAAAGCCCUCACGGCUCAAGUCCGUUCCAUCAUCGGGCCCUUUGCGGCACCAAAGAAGAUUUACAUUAUACCGGAACAGCCAAAGACGCGAUCUGGCAAGAUUAUGAGGAGGAUCUUGAGAAAGGUUGUCGUGGGGGAGACGGAUUCGUUGGGGGAUUUGUCGUCUAUUGGGGAUCCGGCGGUCAUUGAUGCUAGUGAGUUUGGCCGGGAGUGGUCUAUUGGUGGGGAACUGACCCUCGAGAUAGUCAUCAAAGUCGUAGCCGAGUCGUCGCCCACUGCUGAAGCGCGGUUGUGA